GGUUUUUAUAGCUGGUCUUGGGGGAGAAUGUAACUGAGUGACAAGAGGACAGGAGGGGGUCAGAUAAAAACUUCUGCUUCUGAGGCUGCUGUUGAGGCCUUUAUUUUGGGGUAUUGUACAGUGUCAAACCAUACACAAACCAUACACAGCAGCCAGCUCGGGUGCUGUUAGGAAAUGGGCUUAUUGCUGGGUCUGUGGGAUAUGUGUGUGUUGUGUGUGUGGCUGCUUCUGCAUCCUCCUCCCCCCGGCAGCCUCCCCGCCUCCCCUCCAGCCACCCUGGGAUUGGUGACUCUCAGCCCCUCCCCUCAGCUCCCCUAGACCCACCCAGAGCCUUUAUCAGGGAGCUGGGACUGAGUGACUGCAGCCUUCCUAGAUUCCCUCCACUCGGUUUCUCUCUUUGCAGCAGCACCGGCAGCACCAGUGUGUGAGGGUAGCAGGCAGUGCUCCCAGCCAGUUCCCUGAUCCUGCCGGACCACCCAGCCCCUGGCACAGAGCUGCUCCACAGGCACCAUGAGGAUCAUGCUGCUAUUCACAGCCAUCCUGACCUUCAGCCUAGCUCAGAGCUUUGGGGCUGUCUGUAAGGAGCCACAGGAGGAGAUGGUUCCUGGUGGGGGCCACAGCAAGAGGGAUCUGGAUCUCUACCAGCUACUCCAGAGACUCUUCAAAAGCCACUCAUCUCUGGAGGGAUUGCUCAAAGCCAUGAGCCAGGCUAGCACAGAUCCUAAGGAAUCAACAUCUCCCGAAAAACGUGACAUGCAUGACUUCUUUGUGGGACUGAUGGGCAAGAGGAGCGUCCAGCCAGACUCUCCUACUGAUGUGAAUCAAGAGAACGUCCCCAGCUUUGGCACCCUCAAGUAUCCCCCGAGAGCAGAAUGAACACUCCACUUCCGGACUCCUGGACUGCAUUAGGAAGACCUGUUUCCCUGUCCCAAUCCCCAGGUGCACACACUCCUGUUACCCUUUCUCUUCCCUGUUCUUGUAACAUUCUUGUGCUUUGACUCCUUCUCCGUCUUUUCUACCUGACCCUGGUGUGGAAACUGCAUAGCGAAUAUCCCCGAUCCCAAUGGGCAUUGACUAUAGAAUCCCCUACAGUUCCUGUAGUGUCCUACAUUAAAAAUAUAAUGUCUCUCUCUACUCCUCAACAAUAAAGGAUUUUUUCAUAUG